ACAACACAGUAUGACAUAAAUUCCUCACACAUUGCAUGUCCGUGUAGUUAUUGAUAUAAACAUUGAUGUUUACACAGUUUGUACUACGAACGAAAACGAAACUCGGAUUAUACCAGUGAAUUUGAGGGUUGUUAAGUGUUUAAUAUGAUGUGGUUUUCAGACGUACAAAUCUAGAUUAAACAGUUCAGUUUUCCUUCGAGCCUAAUUUGGUGUGCAUCGAGGCGAAAGUAACACCACCAUGGGCUUUGGAGAAGGUCAGGGGUUCGGGAUGGGAAUGGCGCGUGGAAAGACGGAGCGAGUUGCUGUACCAGCUAUGCCUAUGCCCCUUGCUAUCUUAUGUUGUGUUCUUAACUUUCUGGUACCAGGUUUAGGUACAAUAUUAGCGGGUCUCAGUGUUUGUUGCUGCUCUAGGAAUGAGGACAUGUCAGCGGGGUCACAGAUUGGAAGUUGUUGUAUUAGUUUCGGGAUAGGCCUAUUACAACUUCUACUCACGGUGUUGUUGUUAAUAGGGUGGAUCUGGAGCUGUGUAUGGGGCGUUUUCUUCCUAGGAAUGUCAGCUGAAUAUUACCACGAUAAUCCAGUUGGAGGCGGAACAGUGCUCAGACCUGGUGGUACCCAAACUACGGUUGUGGUGCAGCCAGGAAGCGCAGGAUACCAGUACGGCUAUCCUGCCUCUCAACCAGCGCAAACUUACGCUGGAUACAGCCAACAGCCACAGCAAGGUUAUCCGUCGCCACAGCAACCACAGGGAUAUCCUCCUGCACAGCAAGGGUAUCCACCCCCGCAACAACAGGGAUAUCAGCCACCACCACAAGGUUAUGCGCAGCCUUACAAUCCCCAGCAGUCAACGCCUGGUUUCGGGGAAGCCCCGCCUCCAUAUACGGAAACUGAGACCAUGCCAACGGCGCCACCAGAACACAAAGUUAAUCUGUAAAUUGUAAUUUGCAGAAUGGACCAUGUCAUUAUUUAACUGUCAUAUUUAUACUUUGAUGUUAUGUUUUAACUUUCAUUAUUCGCCUUGUUCAGAUCUGUUUGAUUUUAGCUAAUUGAUUUUAGCUGAUUAGUAAUCUAUAUAUCAAUGCAAUCUUGUGUAAGAUGUAUUCAUUCUGAAGGCCUAGAUAUUGUACAGGACAAUUCCAGUUAAAUAUUUGUUUACUGGAGAUUAAAUUGAUCAAGAAAACAGUCCAAUCAUUUUUAGAGAGCAUAUGUCAUUUUAUUUAUAGGUUGAACUAUGUAAAAUUGUUUCCUGAGUUUUGUUUGAUAUUUUUUUAGUUUUUGUACAUUAUUUUUGUGCUCGUGAACUAGAUUUUUUAUGGCCUGGUAAAAUACAUAGAGGAUAUUGAAUGAGUGAAAGUUUAGUACUGAAUUUAUUGAACGAGUUGAAUAAAAUUAUAAUAUGCAGCCUCUGUUGACAGCUUGAUAUUAUUUUAUUCAACAGUUUAAUAAAUUCAGUAAUGAACUUGCACGGAAUUAGGAGGCACAACAUUUGAUAAGUAAAACAUUGAUAAGAUUUGAAUUAUAUUUUAAUGUAACUAUGUCAGAUAGUGUUUGAUUUAUUCACACAAAGUUAAAGGCACAUUAUGCCUAGGUAAUCCAUAUUCUUAAAUUCUUUUGAACUGUCAAACAUGUGUUUAAACUGUUUUACUAGUAGAUUUAAAGUGUGUUAAAUGUUUUAACAACUGAAAGAAAAUAGCACUGAAUGUGCAGUAAAUGUUACGUAAAGGUGACAAAAUGUAAUCAAAGUAAUAUUUUGACUUCCAUACACAAUACUAAUUCACUAUAGUUUUAUCAAUUGCUAACACACCGUGUAUAUCCAGUAACGCCGGAAUGUGAAAAUAACGCACGAUUCAAGCAAUAAGUAACGCAGAAUUGUGCAAUUUAUGAAAAAAUGAAUAGCUGCAUAAGGCUACAAAGACAAGACGUUAAUCUUUAUCGCUCAUCUAAAACGGCUUGAAUCAGAUUUUUAUCAGAUUAUUUUCAAUUUUCUAUAUCACAAGAAGUUAGGUUUAUGUCACUUGCCUACCGUAAAUCGAAAUUAUACGGAAUAAUAUGCAUUGUUGUACUUUUAGAAACCGACAAAAGUCAAAAUCUCGCUCAAAAUGGUGGUUAAGCCAUCAUUUUCACAAAUGAUCUUGAAAAGUAAACAAUUUCGUGGAAAUAAUCUUGAUGAGGGAUAAAGAGUUAUGUCUUCACAGCCGUAUGGGGCUAUUGAUUUUUUUCAGUUCGGUUAAAUAAAAAUAUAUUACCGCGUUGGAAAUCCUGUCAGGUAUCCGCCAUUUAUUGCACAAUUCUGCGUUACCUAUUGCAGGAAUCGUGCAUUUUUUCACAUUCCGC